GGAGGGAGCCCGAGCGGCCGCCGCGAGCCCCGAGGAGACAAAGCCGCGUCCGGGGGCCGGCCGGGUGGGCCCGGGCUCGGAGGCGCCCCAGCCCGCGGGGAGGGCUCUGCGCCCCGCCGCCGUCCCGCCGCCCCGCCGCCCCGCAACAGGUCCGCCGCCGCCCGGGCGGCCUCGCUCCGCGCGCCCCUCCCCCGCAGCCCGUGCCCCCCGGGGCGCCUCCGCUCUCCUCCCGGCCGCGUCUGGCCGCCCGCUUCGAUGCGGUUCGGGUCCAAAAUGAUGCCGAUGUUUCUCACGGUGUACCUCAGCAACAACGAGCAGCACUUCACCGAAGUUCCCGUUACCCCAGAGACCGUGUGCCGAGACGUGGUGGACCUGUGCAAGGAGCCUGGCGAGAGCGACUGCCAUUUGGCUGAAGUGUGGUGUGGCUCUGAGCGUCCGGUUGCGGACAACGAGCGCAUGCUGGACGUGCUGCAGCGUUUUGGGAGCCAGAGGAGCGAAGUUCGCUUCUUCCUUCGUCAUGAGCGCCCCCCUGGCAGGGACGUCGUGGGCGGACCAAGGUCUCAGGAUCCGAGUUUAAAAAGAAAUGGCGCAAAAGUUCCUGGUGAACAUCGCAGAAAGGAGAAUGGCGUUAGUGGUCCUAGGAUGGAUCUGACUCUCGCUGAACUUCAAGAAAUGGCAUCUCGCCAGCAGCAACAGAUUGAGGCCCAGCAACAAAUGCUGGCGACCAAGGAACAGCGCUUAAAGUUUUUGAAACAGCAAGACCAGCGUCAACAGCAACAGGCUGCUGAGCAGGAGAAACUUAAGAGGCUCAAAGAAAUAGCCGAGAGUCAGGAAGCUAAGCUAAAAAAAGUGAGAGCACUGAAAGGCCACGUGGAACAGAAGAGGCUAAGCAAUGGCAAACUUGUGGAGGAGAUUGAACAGAUGAAUAGCUUGUUCCAGCAAAAACAGAGGGAGCUCGUUCUGGCUGUGUCAAAAGUAGAGGAACUUACGAGACAGCUGGAGAUGCUCAAGAACGGCCGGAUCGACGGUCACCAUGACAGCCAGUCCGCAGUGGCCGAGCUCGAUCGGCUCUACACGGAGCUGCAGUUAAGAAACAAACUGAAUCAAGAGCAGAAUGCCAAGCUGCAGCAACAGAGGGAGUGUUUGAAUAAGCGCAAUUCAGAAGUGGCAGUCAUGGAUAAGCGUGUUAAUGAGCUGAGGGACCGGCUCUGGAAGAAGAAGGCAGCACUCCAGCAGAAAGAGAACCUUCCAGUUUCCUCCGAUGGGAGUCUGCCCCAGCAGGGGGUCUCUGCGCCGAGUCGUGUGGCUGCUGUCGGUCCCUAUAUCCAGUCGUUUACGAUGCCGCGGAUUUCCUCGAGGCCUGAACUUGUGGUGAAGCCAGCCCUGCCGGAUGGUUCCUUGGCCAUGCAGGUUGCAGAUGGGCCCAUGAAGGUGCAGACGCUGCCCAACAUGAGAUCGGGGGCCGCCUCACAAACUAAAGGCUCUAAAAUCCAUUCCCUGGGACCUGAGUGGAGUCCUUCAAAUGCCGACUUUUUCCCGACCCAGGCUUCCGCUUCUCUGCCUAAAACCUCCGGGGAUGCUGCAGACCAAGCUGACGAUGGGGAGGUGCCACUGAGGGAGAAGGAGAAGAAAGUGCGGCCCUUCUCCAUGUUUGACACAGUGGACCAGUCUGCCGCCCCGCCCUCCUUUGGCACUCUGAGGAAAAACCAGAGCAGUGAAGACAUCUUGCGGGAUGCUCAGGCUGCAAAUAAAAAUGUGGCUAAAGUCCCACCUCCUGUUCCAUCAAAACCAAAACAGAUUAAUUUGCCUUAUUUUGGACAAACCAAUCAGUCGCCGUCAGAUGUUAAGCCAGAUGGAAAUCCUCAGCAGUUGUCAGCAGCUGUGGCGUCCGUGGGAAAUAAACCGAAACCAGCAGGGCAGCAGCCGAGGGUCCUGCUGGCCCCCGGCGCACCUGCAGUGGGCCAAGACCAAGCCCUUGCUCCAGGGUCCAAGCAAGAAAGUCCGCCUGCCGCCGCUGUCCGGCCCUUCACCCCCCAGCCUUCCAAAGAUGCCCUGCUGCCGCCUUUCAGGAAACCCCAGACCGUGGCGGCGAGCUCCAUAUACUCCAUGUACACCCAGCAUCAGGCUCCCGGAAAGAACUUCCAGCAGGCCGUGCAGAGUGCCUUGACCAAGACGCACUCCAGAGGGCCGCACUUUUCCAGCGUGUACGGCAAGCCCGUGAUUGCAGCUGCCCAGAGUCAGCAGCAGCCCCCGGAGAACGCUUACUCCACUGCCCAGGGCAAGCCUGGCAGUCCGGAGCCCGAAACAGAGCCCGUUUCCUCAGGGCAGGAGAACCAUGAAAACGAAAGAAUUCCUCGACCCCUCAGCCCAACCAAGUUACUGCCUUUCUUGUCCAAUCCUUACCGAAACCAGAGUGAUGCUGACUUAGAAGCCCUACGAAAGAAACUGUCCAAUGCACCGCGGCCCCUGAAAAAACGCAGCUCUAUUACAGAGCCAGAGGGUCCUAAUGGGCCGAAUAUUCAGAAACUUCUGUAUCAGAGGACCACCAUAGCUGCCAUGGAGACCAUCUCCGUCCCGUCCUACCCAUCCAAGUCAACCUCAGUGACUGUGGGCUCAGAAAGCCCAGUAGAAAUCCAGAAUCCCUAUUUACACGUGGAGCCAGAGAAGGAGGUGGUCCCUGUGGCUCCUGAACCGGUGUCCCCAGAGGAAGUAGGGGGUGCCAGUACAGAGAGCAGUGACUUGCCAGCUCCGUCUCCGGGCCUUGAUUAUGUGCCUGAAGGAGUCCCAGACAGCAGCCCAAAUUUCCAGAAUAGCGUGGAAGAGCCAAAUCUAGAGGCACCCCAUCCGCUUGAUGUGUACCUGGAGGAGUACCCCCCUUACCCGCCCCCGCCGUACCCGUCCGGGGAACCCGAGGGGCCGGGAGAAGACCCUGUGAGCAUGCGUCCGCCUGAAAUCACUGGGCAGGUGUCUCUGCCUCCUGGCAAGAGGACAAACCUGCGUAAGACCGGUUCAGAGCGGAUCGCUCAUGGGAUGAGGGUGAAAUUCAACCCCCUCGCGUUACUUCUAGAUUCCUCUUUGGAGGGAGAAUUUGACCUCGUACAGAGAAUUAUUUAUGAGGUUGAUGACCCGAGCCUGCCGAACGACGAAGGCAUCACAGCUCUCCACAAUGCUGUGUGCGCGGGUCACACCGAAAUCGUGAAAUUCCUGGUGCAGUUUGGUGUCAAUGUGAACGCGGCUGAUAGUGACGGCUGGACCCCGCUGCACUGCGCCGCCUCCUGUAACAACGUCCAGGUGUGCAAGUUCCUGGUGGAGUCGGGAGCCGCCGUGUUCGCCAUGACCUACAGCGACAUGCAGACGGCCGCGGACAAGUGCGAGGAGAUGGAGGAAGGCUACACGCAGUGCUCCCAGUUCCUGUAUGGCGUUCAGGAGAAAAUGGGCAUAAUGAAUAAAGGAGUCAUUUAUGCACUUUGGGAUUAUGAGCCUCAGAAUGACGACGAGCUGCCCAUGAAGGAAGGCGACUGCAUGACCAUCAUCCGCAGGGAAGACGAGGAGGAGGUUGAGUGGUGGUGGGCGCGCCUCAACGAGAAGGAAGGAUACGUGCCACGCAAUUUGCUGGGACUAUACCCAAGAAUUAAACCACGACAGAGGAGCUUGGCCUGAAACUUCACAGAACUUGAGUUAAUGAAGAAUUCAUCUCUGUUAUCACUAAGAAGAAGUAAUGUGAUUGUUUUUGGCAAAAAAUUCACAAGACUUAUUUUAAUGACACUGCAACUUGAAAGCGAUGAAGAAUGUUCUCUGGAAGAAAAUGAAGGAUUGAAGAAUUCCCUGUUCGUGGAGGACGUUCGGCACAGUGAAAUGGAGCUGAGGGGUAAGCUGCCUGUGCACUGGGGUAGAGGCGUUCCGUGUGGCACUCCGAAAGAUGCACGGUGACAAUCUUGCUUUACACAAGCAAUAGGACCAUUUCUGGGGCUACUGGGAAAUGAGCUUCACAUCCAGCUUAGUUGAAGAUUUUCAGCACCUGCCCCUCUAUUUGUCCUCCCACCAGAAAGGACCAGUGUCAUCGUGGUGCCAUCUCCCAUUGUCCCCCGGCACCAGCAGGCCCUCGGGACUCACGGGACGCCUCGAAGCUGCCACACACUGGUACAUUGUCAGUGAAGAACUGCUGGCUGUCAGAGAGCAAUAACUUUAUUACGAGUUCUUGUAGCAUCUUCAGAAUUACACAUAUAUUUGAAAUAUUGAGACUAAACUACACUGCAGGAAAUUAGAGUUAGGAUCUUGUUUUAGGGUGAAUUUGAAUCUGUAUUUAUUGUCUUUUGUAUCUCAGAAAUUAGACUUCCUAUAGACUUACCCAUAAUAUUUGUCAAGAUCAUAGCUGCCUUUAAAAACAAUUGUAAUAAAAUUAAACUUUUUGACUCUA